CCUCCGACAGAGGGCGAUACAGCACCUCACAGACAACCAGAUGCAGUCUGUUCAUCUUUAGCAUAGCUAGCUUGGAGCACUCAGGUGCAGAGGUCAUCAUGGUCAGACAAACCCGCAGGACGGACAGGUGUUUCCUUCCUGCAGCGGGAGGUGGUGUAGCGAAGGUUCGGUUCCCAGUGAGUCCUGGACAGAGGGUGCUGCUCCCAGCUCAGCAGGCAUUAGGAAGCUCCGACAUCAGGCCACACUGCCGUAGCUCCACCGCGGGUGUAGCGAGAGGAACUGAUGGGCGAAGUCAAGCAGGAGGCCCGGGUCCUAAUGGAGGUUCAGGAGAGAGUCAGUUGAAGAGAUCAAGAGAGAAUGGAAAUGAGGCCUCUGCAGCUCUGCACAGUCGAACCAAAGCUCCCAGGUCAUGUGACCCAGCUGGAGAUGGUUCUGGCUCUGACCCGCAGGGAGCAGCAGAACAGAGCCGAGCAAUUCAGCUACAGAGCGUGGGCUCUCUGAAGGUCACCAUCCAGCAGAGCAGUGACAGCAGGGAGUUUGGUCAGACAGACAGGCAUACAGCUGCUCUCCACUGUCACGUCUGUAAUCUCACCUGUCGCUCUCUACAGGUGUUUCAGGAGCACCUGUCAGGGCGAGAUCACCUGAGCAAGCUGCAGGACAUCACUCAGAGCAUCCAGCUGAAUGUAUGCCCCCUGCUGGACAGGGGGCGCCACCCUCAGACACGUCGUUGGUGUGACACCUGCCAGAACCACUUCACUGGUGACAUCAUCAUCCACAGACGAACGAAACAACACAAGGUGAGCAAACGGCAGGGGCGACCCUUCUGUCCAGUCUGUCAGAGACACUUCAGGACACCCAGGAAGUUUGUGGAGCACAUAAAGUCUGCAGACCACAAGCAGCAGGUGCAGCUGGAGGAGGGCCAGGAGGAGGAGCUAAUCACAGUGGAUGCUCUUGGCUGCUUUGAGGAGGAGGAGGAAGAAGAAGAAGAUGUUGAGGUGGUAGAUGAAAAUGAAGAUACGGAACAAUCUGAGGUUGUAUUAUCAGAGCCAGUCAAUCCCAAAGAGCCAGAGGAAGAGUCUGACCCUCAGCUGACAUACGGAAGCAGCUUUGUGGUUCCAGUUCAUGGGUUCGUGUGUCGACUCUGCAGCAAGUUCUUCUAUAGAGAGACGGCGGCUCGACACACACACUGCAGGACACCCACACAUUACCUGAACCUGCAGUGCCACAUUUCUGACUAUGAAGCUGCCAAUUACCAGAGUCAGCUUGUCAGCAGGUGUGUCACUGAACAUAGUUCUAGAUCCCCGCCCACAGUAACAUGGGUCAUGUUACCCGGCCACCCCGAGGCCCCGGCUCGCAGGCUGUGCUGGAGGAUCUGCUACUGUAUAAAGAGCUAAGAGUUUUGUUUUUCUCUUGCUCUCGGUGGAAGACAUGAAUGUUUUCUUUCCCUCCCUGCUGAUCUCUGCUUCUGCUUUUUGUCUGUAUUUUUCUCAGAGCCUCCAAACUUUUAAAUGAUGGA